AUGGAUAUUCAUGUUCUAUUUGUAAAUCCAGAGCUUGUUAUUUGUGAUAAAGAAGAUUAUGGAACAUUUGUUUUGUGGUUGUUUUUGAUGGAUAGUUUAAAAAUACAACCGGAAGACCAAUUAAGCAGCGAAUUCACAGUAGAUGACAUUCCUACAAUAGAUGUUGAUUCAGAUAGAAAGACAUUGCGUACAACUUUUAAAACUAUCAAUUCUAUUCUACGACAAGGUGCUAGUCAUCAGAAAUUGGAAUGUGCGGACAGGAUAAGUGCUAGCUUAUUUAUGUUUCUAAACGACCUGAAGCUAGCAAACAUAUUCGAAAAAAACGUUAUUAAAACUAAAGUAUUAGAUACAUUGCUAUACUUAAUGAAAUAUGAAGAUUACAAUGACUUAAUCUUCAAAAAUGAUGAAACUUGUCACCUAAAUAUUGGAAUAGCAAGGUGUAUGUGCAACUUAAGCAAUAAUUACGCUGGCUUAGGAGAGCAUAUUUACAGUUUUAUUACGGCCAUUGUAGCUACAUUACAUAACCUAGCUCGCCUGUUACCAGUUUCGCAGUUUGUUAGUGACAGUAAGACCGCUGAGGCAAUGGUACCUCUAUUUAGUUGCAAGAAAGAAAGAUUAGAAAUCUUAGCAACACUAGCAGCAGCUGAGAUUUGUGAUGACAGUCAAAUCCAUAUGUUAGUUGAUGCCGAAGGUGUUAUUUCGUCAAUACUCCAAUAUCUGAAUGAGGCAACACAAACCUCCGAUUAUUGUUUUGAAGGGGCUGCAUUACUGGAACUGUUGAGUGGUAUCGAUAAAUUAGCCUGCGCUGAUAAAAUUAAGAAGAAGAUAUUAGAAGCUGGUGCUUUACCAUUAUUCGAGGCCAUUUUAAACCUCGAUAAACCAGAAGAACAAGCUUUGACAGCAAGAGUAUUGUGGACUAUGACUUUUGAUGAUGAUGUUGCUACAGCUGUAAAAUCAACGAAAACUUUGUUAGCCAGAUUACAGAUGCUAUCGAAAUCUUCAGACAAAGCAGUACAAAAUAACGAAAAAGGGAUACAGAUAUGGAUAGAUAAAGAAAAAAUGAGAGGAUCAACUUUGGAAGCCAUUGGACAUGCUGUAGAGAAUGCUGCACUUGUACUUAUUUGUAUGUCAGAGAGUUAUAAACGAAGCCCUAAUUGUCGAUUAGAAGCAGAGAACACAUUUAGAUGUGGUAAGCAGUAUAUCCCGCUCAUUGUUCAAAAGCAUUAUAAACCGGAUAGCUGGUUAGGGGUCCUGUUAGGAGCAAAGCUCUAUAUAGACUUCAGUGGAAAAUAUAAAUUCGAACUAAAGUGGAAUGAGCUUAUCAAAGAACUCCAAGCAUUUAAGAUGUUAACAGAAGGAGAGGAUACAUUUGACUCAUCAGAAGUUGCAAUGCCUGAUUCAACUUCAUCAUCAACGAAUCCAAAGACAUUCACAAUUGAUGACGUAAAACAAUGGCUGAUCUCAAACAAAUUAGAAAAUUGUUGUCAACAUUUUGGGGAUGUCAAUGGGAAAGGACUUUUACAAAUGAAGAGAAUGCAACUUGCUGCACCAGAGUUUUAUUUUAAAACAUUAAGCAGAAAGCUCAAACUUAGUCUUGGUGAAAUACUCAACUUUUCUGCAGCUCUAGAGGAAUUGUAA